AUGCCUGGCCCCAAGAUGAACGUUUUAGCCGGCCUCGUCGCCGCCUUGGGCGUCUUUGUAACUGGUGCUGUCGCCGAGUCGGGUGUAGCCAACGGCCAGGUCACCAAGACUCUUGAGCCGAAACCCAUUGGAACAGCCACCGAAAAUGGCGCUCUCCUCGUCUCUAUGAACUUCUGCUCCGUCGUCGUCAACACACAGUGCCAGGUCUCUGUCAUGACAUCAGCUCCUGCUUCAGGCCCUACUUUCGCCCCCAGCUCGGAUCUUGGCUUGAGUCGUGCUUCUGCUGCCGCUCCAGUUCCAGCUCCAGUUCCAGCUCCAGCUCCCGGCUCAGCUCCCCCUCAAGCUGCUUCCGUUGAUGCUGCCGCCACCGAGACCAGCAGCCCCGUCGAAACCAGCGAUGCCGUUCAGCCUGUUGUCCCCAUUGUCCCCCUUCCAACUCGCUUCUCCGUCCCAGCUUCUGCUCCAGCUUCUGCUGGCGCCGAGAGCACCGAGGCCGCCAUGCCAACGGAGACGGAACCUCCAAACCAGCCUACCAUUGAGAUGACCAAUUCUUCCGGCACCGUGACUCGGCCAUCCAGUACCGGUGCCCCAGCGAUAACUAGCUCUGCCCUUGCGGCUGCAGCUGCUGAUAUCAAGGCCCUCCCCAGCGUGGCUUGGGGAGCUCUCAUCCUCGCCAUGGCCGUGGUUCUUUAG